AAUACAGGAAGUCGUGCUCCGUUUGUAAAGGAACUGCCUUUAACGCACUGCGCGGAUACGCACGCACGCGUCCAGCAGGGGACUCGCUUUAACUCAUCCCUUCAACAAAUGGCACCUGUUCGGUUCCAAGGAAAAGCCGAGAGGCCAGGGUCCUGUUGCAUCCCGAUUCAUUCAACUUCAUCCGACCGGAACGACUCUCCAAGCAAAUAAAGAAAUACUGAGACAAUCGGAGCAGGUGUAGCCACGACUCCUGGGCAGUUUAUUGUAGACUUAAGAUCAACACCUUUUCUCAAAUAUGCGUAUGUUUCUACGUCGGCGUAUGUCCCCCCUGAAACUGGUAUUCCUUGGGGGGGCUCUCUUCAUGAUGACUCUUGUGGUUCUCCAGAGGGAUGUUGGCCCUUCAUCUGCUAGGGACCCAUGGUUUCAGGACCUGGUGGACAAGAAGGACAAGGUGAUAGUCAUGGUACGAGACGUCGUCAACAAUAUCAGCUUUCAGAUUAGAGCUCCACAGCCACCACCAUUACAGAUGCAGCCCACCCAGAAUGUCAACUGCCCAGCUGGAUUCUAUACUCAGGAUGAACUCAAACCUCACCUGGAAAGACCACCACAGGACCCCAACAGCCCUGGGGCUGAUGGGAAGGGUUUCAUUAAAGACAACAUGACCCCAGAGGAGGAGAAAGAGAAGGAGGAGGGCAUGACACGGCACUGUUUCAACCAGUUUGCCUCUGACCGCAUCUCACUCAGCCGUAGUCUUGGGGAAGACACGAGGGCUCCAGAGUGCAUUGAGAGAAAGUUUCGUCGUUGUCCUCCUCUGCCCACCACCAGUGUUAUUAUAGUCUUCCACAAUGAAGCUUGGUCCACCCUCCUCAGGACGGUUUACAGCGUCUUAUACACGUCUCCUGCUAUCAUGCUCAAAGAGAUCAUCUUGGUCGAUGACGCCAGUACUGCAGAGCACCUAAAGAGCCAGCUGGAGGAUUAUGUACAUCAACUGAAGAUCGUCCGUGUAGUGCGGCAGCAGGAAAGGAAGGGUCUCAUCACGGCCAGGAUGCUGGGCGCCAGUGUUGCUCAGGGCGAAGUUCUCACAUUUCUCGACGCACACUGUGAGUGUUUCCAUGACUGGCUAGAACCCUUGCUGGCCCGCAUUGUUGAAGAACCCACUGCUGUGGUUAGUCCAGAGAUCAGCACCAUUGACCUCAACACUUUUCAGUUCUGCAAGCCUGUGGCCACCAACCGCGCUGUUAACCGAGGUAACUUUGACUGGAGCCUGAGUUUUGGCUGGGAGGCGAUCCCUGAGGAUGCCCAGAAGCUGCGCAAGGAUGAAACGUACCCUGUCAAAACACCUACUUUUGCUGGAGGUCUCUUCUCCAUCUCAAAGAAGUACUUUGAACACAUUGGAACAUACGAUGACAAGAUGGAGAUUUGGGGUGGUGAAAAUGUGGAGAUGUCUUUCAGGGUAUGGCAGUGUGGGGGUCAGCUGGAGAUCAUUCCUUGUUCUGUGGUAGGCCAUGUCUUCCGCACCAAGAGCCCCCACACCUUCCCCAAGGGCACAGAG